AGGCUGUAGAGGACGCUUUUGUUAGUUUUUCGACCGGAUAUAUUGUACUUGUUUAACACAAAAUUGCAAGAUAAAUGCAAUUACGUUUUUGUGAAAAAUCCAAAAAUCUUGUUAUAUUUUUAUUUCACGCCGUCUCAAUACCAAACAGUGCGCGACAGAUUUAAUUUCAUUAUAAGUUACUUGACUGGAGCAUUGUUAGACGAAGUGAAGCUUUUGUCUAUGUGUAGGUGUCAAAUAUUUCAGUAGUGUGCGUGCAACAGAACUCGCUUGUCGCGUUGCGGUGCGUGUGCUUUCUACAAUUGACUUUCAACGCCUCGUUACGGAGCACUAGGGCUAGACGACGGGUGUCAGCUAUGCCGGCGCGGGCGUCGACCGCGUCUCACCUGCGGCCGCCGACCGUCUGCUCCCGGCCGCUGAUCGAUACAUGUGCCGACUCCAAACUAGUUGGCGAACGGCAAUCGCACUAAUCAGGGCUCAUUCACAACACUCACCGACCGCAUCUCCACACGCGAACCAGUUUCGCGGAGGCGUGGUGGUAGCCGUACGCAGCGGACCGGGGCGGCAGAGCGAGGGGUGCGGCGGCGGAGCGCGCGGACUCAACGCCGACAAGACGGACAGCGCGCGGCAGCCGGGGCCCGUGCUGCGAGCCUCGGGGAGGACGCCCGUCCCCCUGAACAGGCGCCGCUGGGUCCCGCCCUCCUCACUCAGGGAACACGAUGUGCCCGACGGAGAUGCCAAGCACGACACCAUAUUCCGAAAGGUCCGCGGUAUCCUCAACAAGCUCACACCGGAAAAGUUCCAAAAGCUGAGCGAUGACCUGCUCGGCUUGGAGCUCGACUCGGACAAGGUCCUGAAGGGCGUGAUCCUACUGAUCUUUGAGAAGGCCCUGGACGAGCCGAAGUACUCGUCGAUGUACGCGCAGCUGUGCAAGCGGCUGUCCGAGGAGGCGCCCAACCUGGAGCCGCCCGGGCAGCCGUGCACCUUCCGCUUGCUGCUGCUCAACAAAUGCCGCGCCGAGUUCGAGAACCGCGCGCAGGCCUUCGCCGCCUUCGAGGAGCGCGCGCUCGCGCCCGAGGAGGAGGAGCGCCGCCAUCUCGCCAAGUGCAAGAUGCUCGGCAACAUCAAGUUCAUCGGCGAGCUCGGCAAGCUGGAGAUCCUGGCGGAGUCGAUCCUCCACCGCUGCAUCCAGAACCUGCUGGCGCGGCGCGCGGCCGCCGACCACCACGAGGACCUGGAGUGCCUGGCGCAGCUGGUGCGCACGUGCGGCCGCGUGCUGGACUCCGAGCGCGGCCGCGGCCUUAUGGACCAGUACUUCGCGCGCAUCGAGACCCUCUCGCACUCGCAGGAGCUGCAGCCCCGCAUCCGCUUCAUGCUACGUGACGUGGUCGAGCUCCGCAGGGGAGGCUGGGUGCCGCGCGCCGCCACCAGCCACGAAGGGCCGGUGCCGAUCCAGCAGCUGCGGCCCGACGCCAGCCCGCCGCGCCGCCAGGAGCGCGAGCAGCGCGACUCGCUGUUCCGCGGGGGGCUGCGCUCCCGUCCGCUCGACGACGUGCUGGCCGGCCUGGCGCUGCAGCCGGGCUCACUGGUGCCACCGCCAGACAAGCUGUUCGGCAACGGGUUCCCGUCGCGCGACGGGUUCCGGCAGCGCUCCGCGCCGUCCGCGCCGCAGGGCUACUACCACCACCAGCGCCAGCACUACAAGCAGGGCCGCGACCAGCAGGGCAACGGCAAGCAGGAGGCCCCGCGGCUGCACAAGGCGCGGCUGGCGGCGGGUGGCGCACUGGAGGACGUGCAGAUGCGGCCCGCCGCCUACAGCCUCAUGUUCACCGCGUCCGCCAACCGCCUGCCCAAGCAGCCCGCGCCGCCGCCGCUGCUGCUGCCGCCCGCCCCGCAGAGUGAGUACAGCACCCCGCCCACCCUACAGCCUCAUGUUCACCGCGUCCGCCAACCGCCUGCCCAAGCAGCCCGCGCCGCCGCCGCUGCUGCUGCCGCCCGCCCCGCAGAGUCCGCCAACCGCCUGCCCAAGCAGCCCGCGCCGCCGCCGCUGCUGCUGCCGCCCGCCCCGCAGAAGACGCUCGCGGGUGGAGCGCUGAUCAAAGAGCCGGCCAUCACCAUUAAGCCGGCGCCCGACAAGAAAGACAAGCCCAAAAAAGACAAGGGUCUGAACAAAGAGGAAGCGUGCCGCCUGCUGAUCGAGGCCGCCACGGCGGCGGCGGCGGCGGUGGGCGCGGCGGGCGCCGGCGACGACGACGCCGCGCUGCAGCAGCACGUGCAGAGGAUCCGCGACGCCGCGCUGCCCGACAAGCUGCUGCGCCGCGCCGUGCAGGCGCUGCUGGAGCACACGCUCGCGCACGAGGUAGGUGCGCUGCACUGCUGCAGCAGCACGUGCAGAGGAUCCGCGACGCCGCGCUGCCCGAUAAGCUGCUGCGCCGCGCCGUGCAGGCGCUGCUGGAGCACACGCUCGCGCACGAGGUGCGCUGCACUGCUGCAGCAGCACGUGCAGAGGAUCCGCGACGCCGCGCUGCCCGAUAAGCUGCUGCGCCGCGCCGUGCAGGCGCUGCUGGAGCACACGCUCGCGCACGAGCAGCACGUGCAGAGGAUCCGCGACGCCGCGCUGCCCGACAAGCUGCUGCGCCGCGCCGUGCAGGCGCUGCUGGAGCACACGCUCGCGCACGAGAGGAUCCGCGACGCCGCGCUGCCCGAUAAGCUGCUGCGCCGCGCCGUGCAGGCGCUGCUGGAGCACACGCUCGCGCACGAGAGGAUCCGCGACGCCGCGCUGCCCGAUAAGCUGCUGCGCCGCGCCGUGCAGGCGCUGCUGGAGCACACGCUCGCGCACGAGGUAGGUGCGCUGCACUGCUGCAGCAGCACGUGCAGAGGAUCCGCGACGCCGCGCUGCCCGAUAAGCUGCUGCGCCGCGCCGUGCAGGCGCUGCUGGAGCACACGCUCGCGCACGAGGUGCGCUGCACUGCUGCAGCAGCACGUGCAGAGGAUCCGCGACGCCGCGCUGCCCGACAAGCUGCUGCGCCGCGCCGUGCAGGCGCUGCUGGAGCACACGCUCGCGCACGAGGCGGAAUCCGACGCUGAGUGGGCUCGGCUGUGCUCGGCCACCAUGGCGCUGGUGCGCGGCGUGAAGCGCAGCAGCGUGAGCGAGACGCUGCGCGCACUGCCGGCGGGCGAGCGGCUGGCCGCGCUGCUGGCGCACGCCGUGCGGCACAAGCUGCUGGCGCUGGCCGAGCUGGGCGCCUGGGGCGAGGCCGGCGCACCCUACCCGCUGCUGCUCGACGUGCUGCAGCGCCUGCAGGAGCUGGUGGGGGCGGCGCGGGCGGCGGAGCUGUACGCGGAGAGCAAGCUGGACCUGUGCGCCGCGGUGGCGGGGCCGGGCGGGCCGGGCGGGCCCCAGGGCGGGCCGGGCGGUCCGGGCGCGCCGGGCGGGCAGGGCGCGCCCGGCGUGCUGGCGGCGCUGGAGGCGCGCGGCCUGGCGCACCUGGCGCCCGCGCUGCGCGUGCAGGCGCAGCUGGCGCGCCAGCUGCAGGCCGAGCCCGCGCCCGCGCAGCUCUACCGCUGGAUCAAGGGCAACGUGGAGCCCGCCGUGCGCCAGAACGCGGGCUUCGUGUCGACGCUGGUGGCGCUGAUCGCGGGCCACGUGACGGCGCAGGCGGGCGGCGCCGACAAGGCGGCGCUGGAGCGCGAGAAGGCGCUGGCCGAGGCCUACGCGCCGCUGCUCACGGCGCUGCUGCAGGGCCGCGCCGACCUGCAGCUGGCCGCCGUGUACGCCGUGCAGCUGCACGCGCACCACCACCGCUACCCCAAGGGCAUGCUGCUGCGCUGGUUCAUGUACCUGUACAACCUGGAGGUGUGCGAGGAGGACGCGUUCCUGCGCUGGCGCGAGGACGUGACGGACGCCUACCCCGGCAAGGGCGAGGCGCUGUUCCAGGUGAACACGUGGCUGACGUGGCUGCAGCAGCAGGAGUCGGAGGACGAGGAGGCGGAGGACUAGCUGCCUCAAGGACUCCCUCACGGACCUCCACGGCCCCGCACCGCUUCUGUUUCGCGCUCAUCUCAUUAUAUGAAUAUGAUUAAGCCAAAUAGUUAAUACCUACGUUCGUUACCGGUGACGCGCGACCGCCGGGUCCUGCGUUACUUAGGUCAAUUUUUAGGUUGUACGACGUAAAGGAAUAUUAGUAUCUCGAGAUAAUUUUUUGUAGGCCUUUUACUCAAUUUUGAUACUUUUUACAAAUGUAUACAAUGUAUAGUGUUCGUCUGGACGUAUGGCUGCACCCGUCGGCGCUCUCGCGAGCCCCUCGUUCACAUUGUAACAUAUAUCUUCUAUCUAUCCGUAUAUAUGUAUCACCCUAUCUAUGUAUAUAUAGUAUAUGAAACCUUAAAUCAUUUUUUUAACGUCAUGAACGUUUAUUUCAAUGCUACACGGACUUAGUGUUAAACUGUAAGAAUGCUUAAAUUUCAUUGUAUUAUCAAAAUUUAGGAUUUUAUAACUAGUAGCUAAAUAAAUAAAUAAAAAUAUUUAAAAAAAACACAAAAAAAGAAAUGUUCUGUUUCUAAGAGCGUAAGAAAUGUAUGUUGCGUGAGUUGUAAUAAAUAAAGUCGAAUCGAGAUGCGAAGUUCAGUAAUAUUGGUCAAUAUGUAUUCAUGGUGAGAAAUAAACUUCAGUGUAAUUUAUUACAAAAACCAAA